AUGGCGGCCGCCGCCGGCCCUCGGCCAUUUCCGCCGCCGCGCCGGAAACACCCGACACGCCUCCCCGCGCCGCUUCGGCUUUUUCCGGACAGGUUCGGCUCGCUGCCCUCACAGACUUCGAGUGUUUCCGCCUCCGCGACGGAGUUACACGAAGCCUCCUUCGGUACUUUCCGCCGAGCGCCGCGGGAAGACCCCCCGUUGCGGGGAGGGGCGGGCUCCGGGGGGGGGGGGAUGGGAAAGGCGUGCGGCCCCUUUAAAUUUACCCAGGAGCCCUUAAAGGAGCCCCGAGGGGCCCCACGGCAGCGUCCCCACCCCGGUCGGCCCCCGCCCGCCGUCGCCGCCGGCGCCCUGGGCCCCGCCAUGGAGCCCCCGGCCCCCCACCCCGCCCCCGGCCCGCUCCCGGCCCCGGCCAGCCCAGCCCCUUCCCCGCGGGGGCUGCGCCGGAGCCUGGAGCCCCAGAAACCCCGGGAGAAACCCCGGGAGAAACCCCGGGAGAAACCUCGGGAGAAACCUCGGGAACAGCCCCAGAAACACCGGGAGGAGCUCCAGGAGCACCCCCAGGAACACCGGGAGAAACCCCGGGAACAGCCCCGGGAGCAGCCGCGGGAGCAGCCCCGGGAGUGGCGGGCGUCGCGGCCGGGCCGGAGCCGCGUUCCGGGCCGGGACCACCGCCGGUACUACCACGAGCGCUGGCGCUCCGAGUACCUGAUGGAGUUCAACGCGGCGCGGCACGGCAUGCGCUGCCUGGUGUGCGGCAGCGCCCUGGCCACGCUCAAGCUCAGCACCAUCAAGCGCCACAUCCGCCAGAAACAUCCCUACUCCGGAGCCUGGGGACCCCGAGAGAAGCAGCUGGUGCUGCGCUCCUGGGACGCCCACCUGGCACGGCCCCCCCGCCCCGAGGGACCCCCCGGCGGCGCCCACGGGACAG